AUGGCCCUGGGGCCCCGUGGCGGGCCCCGGGGCUCGCACUUCAGGCGCAGCGCUUGCAUCGACCCAGACCACUGGAUCGUCGGACAUCUGCGGGAGCGGCUGCGGGAGCCGGACUGGGACGCGCUGCUGAGGGCGCCGUCGCUGACGCUGAAGUUGCCCGUGUUCGAGGUGGGCGCCACCAGCGACGUCUGGCCCGAAGGCCAGAAGGUGCCCCCCACGCCCGCCAGCGACCUGCGGCGCCCAGAACGCCGGCAUCCGGCUCUCGGAUGCUUCUCGAUGGCGUGGGCUUCCAGGUUCACCAUCCUCACCACCGCGUCGCUUCCCUGGCGCACCGGCACCGCCGUGAAUCCGACGCUGCGGGCCGCGUACCUCGCGAGGAGCGGCAGGGAGGUUACGCUCGUGCUGCCCUGGCUGCCGGACCGGGCGCAACAGGCGAUGCUCUACCCCGAGGGCCUCCUGUUCGACGCCCCGCACGAUCAGGUGAGGGCUGCCGCGGGCCGCCUCUUCGAGGUGCCGCUCCCGCAAGCCCUGCGGGAGCUCCUCGCCGUCAAGUGCUUGCAGAUGUCCCUCGCCGCCCAGCUGCGGGUCUCGAGCUUGGACUUGCACCUGCUCACGUCGAGCCGCGUCGAGGUGUCCGAGAAGGGGGCCAAGCGAGGCCAGCAAGAGGUUGUCCACCCCGCGCGGGAGGUCCCGGAGGGUUCCAGGGGCGCGCAGGCGGUGUUCGAGGAGGCGUGGGAGAAGGAGCCCGAGUACUUCCAGACCAAGGUGCGUGCGCUGUUCUGCAGAUUCCUCGGGGUGGUGCACCCGAUCGCAGGGCCACCCGCCUUUGCCUUCCUGGGCCGGGAGGGGUUCCUGCCGCGCUAA